AUGGCUGAACGUGUCGCUCAAAUCGCAUCCCACAUUACGUACCCGAGCGGUCUUCUUGCUGGACAAACUGCGAUAAUCACAGGAAGUGGACAGGGCAUUGGUGCUGAAUCAGCGCGCCUAUUUGCCAAAGAGGGUGCCAAAGUGGUUGUUUGUGACGUUGAUUCAGCCAAAGCACAAAGCGUGGUGAAUGGGAUCAUCAGCUCUGGGGGCCAGGCACUAGCAGUUCCUGGUGAUAUCACAGAUAAAGACUAUAUUGACCAGCUCGUGAAGCAAGCAGCCGAAUUCGGAGGAGGAGAGAUCCAUAUCAUUGUUAACAAUGCCGGCUAUACAUGGGAUGGUGUGUUGCACAAGAUGACUGACAAACAAUGGGCUGCAAUGGCGAACAUCCAUGGCACUGCUCCUUUCCAGUUAAUCCGCGCCGUCGCCCCUUUCUUCCGCGUCAAGGAUGGAAAGCAGCGAAACAUCAUUGGCAUCUCUUCAACUUCAGGUGUCCACGGAAACGCCGGCCAGUCUAACUACGCCUUCUUUAAAGCCGGUGUUUCUGGACUGAUGAAGACGAUUGCAAAGGAAUGGGGACCGGCGUUUAACGUCCGAGCCAACACAGUGGCGUUUGGGUACAUUGAAACGCGUCUAACGCAGGCGAAAGAGGUAGGGGCUUUUAUCGCGGGGCCGGACGGGGAAAAGAUCCAGCUCGGCGUUCCUGGCCGCGACGCCAAAUCGUCAUUCGAGGACAUUCCACUUCGCAGGCCAGGCUCGGCACAAGACGCCGCUAAAGUGAUCCUAGCUGUGUGCAGUCCUCUUUUCUCCUAUGUUACAGGCCAGGUGAUCUCUGUUACUGGAGGCAGAAAUAUGUGA